UCAGCAGCAAGGCGAGGAGACAGGAGUGCAGCACCGCCGGGGACUGGACCCUCCUCUCGGCCAGAGCAGACCAAGGGAAAACCACAACCAUGAGAGCUGCAGUGAUUUGCUUCUGCCUCUUAGGCAUCGCCUACGCCCUUCCAGUUAAACGUGCUGAUUCUGGCAGCUCUGAGGAAAGGCAGCUUUACAAGCACCCAGAUGCUGUAGCCACAUGGCUAAAGCCAGACCCAGCUCAGAAGCAGAAUCUCCUAGCACCACAGAAUACUGUAUCUUCUGAGGAAACUGACGACUUCAAACAAGAGACCCUCCCAAGUACGUCCAAUGAAAGCCAUGACCUCACAGAUGAUGUGGAUGAUGACGACGACAGCAACCAUGUGGACAGCCAGGACUCCACUGACUCAAAUGAUUCAGAUGACGCUGAUCAAACUGAUGACUCCGACAAUUCUGACGAGUCUCACCAUUCUGACGAAUCUGAUGAACUGGUCACUGAUUUUCCCACUGACUUUCCCGGAACCCUCAUUGUCACUCCCCCUGUCCCCACAAGAGACACAUAUGAUGGCCGAGGUGACAGUGUGGCUUAUGGACUGAAGUCAAAAUCUAAGAAGUUCCACAGACCUGCAGCCCAGUAUCCUGAUGCUACAGAGGAGGACCUUACAUCACACGUGGAAAGCAAUGAGGCGGAUGAAGCACACAAGGCCGUCCUUGUUGCCCAGGGCCUGCAUGUGGCUUCUGACUGGGACAGCCAUGGGAGGGAGAGCCAGGAAAUAAGUCUGCUGGAUGACCACAGCGUGGAAACCCACAGCCUCAAGCUUCCCAAAGAAUAUCAGCUGAAGGCAAUUGGUCAGAGCAAUGAGCAUUCCGAUGGGAUUGAUAGUCCGGAAAAUGUCAAAAUCAGCCAUGAAUUCCAUAGCCAAGAAUUGGGUAGCUAUGAAGACAAGCCGGCCUUACACCCUAAGAGUGAGGAGCAAGAUAAACAUCUGAAAUUUCGCGUCUCUCAUGAGUUAGAAAGUGCAUCAACUGAGGUCAAUUAAAAAAAGGAAGAUAUAAUUUCCUGCUUUUGGUUAAAAGGAAAAAAUACAUUAUAGUGAGGUGGGACAGAAUAUGAAAUGCUUAUUUCUCAGCUUAAUUGGUGAAUGUAUAUGUAUGUGAAUCUGGAAACAGGUAAUGUUUUUUAUCAAUAGUUUAGUGUGUGGCUUCCUGUAACAAUUUGUAAACUAAAAGCUUCAGGGUUUAGUCUAUGUUCUUUCUAUAUAAGAACUAACACUGCAUUUUAAUGUUUGCUAUUCUUUUGUGAAUAGAAAUUCACGUAGAAGCAAACAGCAUACCUUUUGCAGAACUAAAAAUAAUUUUACACAAUUAUAAGAGAGAAUAUAAAAUUUUGUCCCUACAAUCUUUUGUUUUUCAAAUUAGUGUACAUUUUGUUGUGAUUAUUUUUGUGUGAAUAAAUCUUUUAUCUCGAAUGCAA